AGACUUCACGGUGGCUGCCCCGCUAACGUGCAGCCCAGGAUCUUUUCCAUUGGUCCACAGUGACCUGGCCAUGCAAAUGAGGAGGCAGGCGGGGGGCUAUAACAGGGCCGUGGGGAGCCGUCCGUCCCGGGAGCAUCAUUCGCCAUGGCUUUGUCCUUCUCUCGGCCCCGCAGCGGCUCCGCGUCGACGGGCUCGGGGCGCCUGCUGCUGCUGCCGGGCUCUUCUGCCGGCUCGGGGCGCGGCAGCUCCAGCGGCUCGGACUCCUGGUUCUCCUUGGGCCGGCUGCAUGCGGCGCUGCCCGCGGCGCGAGCCAGUCUGGAUCGCGCGGAGCCGAUUUUGCUGGGCCCGGGCCGGCAGCAGGAGGCUCUGCAGAGCUUGAAUGAGCGCCUGGCCGGCUACCUGCAGCGGGUGCGGGGGCUGGAGGCGGCCAACCGAGCUCUGGAGCAGGAGAUCGCCGCUAUCCGGGCGCGCAGAGCCGGGGCGGUCGGCCAUAAAGACUGGGAAGCGUGCGAGCGGCCCCUGGCCGAUCUGCGCAAGCAGGUUGAAGAUCUAAACAUGGAGAAUGUCAAACUGCUUCUGCAAAUAGAUAAUGCCAGGCUGGCGGCUGAUGACUUCAAGCAUAAGCUGGAAGCGGAGCAAGCUGUGUGUGACAGUGUGCAAAAGGAUACCCACGGGCUGCGCAAAAUGAUAGAUGACACGAACUUCCUACGCUUGAAGCUGGAAGGGGAGCUGGAGUCUCUCAGAGAGGAACUGGCUCACUUACGCAAAAGCCACAAAGAGGAAGUCGAUGCUCUCAGUGCCCUGAUUGCCAACUCUGAUGUAACAGUGCAGGUGGAUAAUCCACAGAAACAAGACCUGAGUGGGCGCAUUGCUGAAAUACGCAACCAGUAUGAAAAAGUGGCUGAGCAGAACCGUGCUGAUGCUGAGGACUGGUACAAAAACAAGUUUGAUUCCAUUUCUCAAGAGGUUGAUGUGAAUACCCAAGCACUGGAGGAAGCCAGAAGUGAGUUGACAGAGCUUCGUCGGCAGCUACAGGGUCUGGAGAUUGAACGCCAAACUCUUCAGAAAAUGGUGGACACCCUGGAGAACACCCUGAAGAAUACAGAAAAUCGCUGUCACAAUGACUUAGGCAGUCUCAACCGUGUCAUUAUGAAGCUGCAAGAUGACUUGGCAGCCUGCCGGGCUGACCUGGAAAGGCAAGUCCGAGACUACGAAGCUCUUCUGGACCUCAAGACGAAGUUGGAGAAUGAGAUACAGCACUACCGCAGUCUGAUCGAGGGGGCAACAGAGAGAGGGGAGCUGCAGAACUCAGGCAAAGCAGACACCAGGAGACAAACAAUUAAGAAGGUAGUGGUUAUGACACAAGAGAUUGUGGAUGGACAAGUGGUGUCACAGAAAUCAGAGGAAGUGAUCCAGUAAGUUCAUCCAACGUGUCAGUGUACUGCUAAUCCCUGUAUCACAAGCUUCUACUACUUAAUAAAGCCAUAUUCAAACAA